UCAAAAGGUUCAAAACACAACGCCGAAAGCGGCAUAGCGCAGCGAUUGCGAAAAUUUUGAAAAUUGUCUUUAUUUACAUUCCGGGUGGGUUGCGGAAGCGGUUUAUGUGGAAUUCGGAGUGUUUUCUCCUCUCAACAUUACUACUCUUUUCACAACAUAUACUGAAUUAAAUACUGGGACAAACGAAGCAAAAAUGUCCACGAGAGCCCGUCGAGCUGCCACUAAAGCGCCAAUUGUAAUCGUUUCCGACACUGAGUCGGAAGCCGAAGCAAGCGAUCCGGAAGGUUUGUUCUCCAGCCCCGAUGCGAAGCCAAAGGCUAAACGUGGGACAAGGCGUGGCCGAGCGGCGGGCAGUGACGAUUCGGAUUUUGACGGAAGCAAAUUAGCAGAGAACAAAACGCCCGUCAAGCGCAAGGCUACUACGAAAGCUGCUGCUAGUCCAGCAAAGAAAGUUAAGGCGGAGCCUAAACCAAGGGCUCCGAGAAAGCCACGUGAGCCAAAGGCUCCUAAGGUUCCAAAAGAACCCAAGGCUCCUAAAGCACCAAAGGAACCGAAGGCUCCUAAAGCACCAAAGGAACCGAAGGCUCCAAAAGCGCCAAAAGUUCCGAAAGCACCAAAAGUCCCAAAAGCACCAAAGGAACCGAAAGUUCCCAAAUCACCCAAGAAACCUUCUGCGGUCGGUGCUAAACGUGGAAGGAAAAAUGCCAUAGAACAAACAGUGGAAGUUGAAACAGAAGUUAAACAUGUUGAAACAUUGGAUGACGAGAUGAAAGUCGAGGACGUUAAACAAGAAGUAAAAGAAGAAGAUCCUGUUCCUCUGAAAGAGAAAAGUAAAGAAGUAUCUAUGUGUGCCAAAACGCCACAGCUGAAGAAGGAGAAUGACCCUCCCAAACGCGAGCCGGAAGAUGAAAUUGAUACUCGACCGAAGUACAAAAAACGGGUCAGCAUGACCGUUCGGGAGCAAUGGGAUGACCCUGAACUGCUGGCAGAAAUGCAAAACAUCGACCGUCGAACGGCCCGAACCAUCAUAAAGCUGUUCGAGGAGGAAAACACGAUUCCCUUCAUUUGCCGCUACCGGAAGGAACUGAUCGGCGAUAUGUCCCCGGAUGAUCUCCGCGAUAUCAAACUGGCUUACAAUGAGAUUCUUUCCAUCAAAGCGAAGGCGGAUACGAUUAUAAAAAAUCUGGAAAAGGAAGAUAAGCUGUCGGAGGACAUCAAACAGGAUCUGCUGUGUGCGAAAAGUGUCGACGAGUUGGAGCAUAUGUACGCACCGUUUAAACCGGCCAACAAGGGUUCGCUUGCCGAUCGGGCGAAAGCACUGGGUUUGGAUACGUUUGCGGAAGGGAUUUUGAUUGGCAACCUGCCGGAGAUUAAUUUGCCCGAGCUGGUGAAACCGGAAGUGGAGGGGCUUGAGUCAGUACAAAAGGUGGAGGAUGGCAUUAAGCAUCUGAUGGCGCACAAUUUCAGCAAAAAUACUGCCGUGUUGGAGGAAAUCCGCAGACUCACAAAGAAAUACGACAUCGUACUCAGCUCAAGCCAAAUAACCAAACCUCGCGCACCCCGAGGGAAGGAGGAGGCAGAAAAAAAUAACGUCGGUGGCAAGCGACCCCAGAAGAAGGUGGACGAGUUCAAGUUCGAGCACUAUUUCACCUUCAGCUGUGUCACCAAAUACUUGCGACCGCAUCAGAUAAUGGCACUCAAUCGUGGCGAAGCGCAGAAGGUGCUGAACAUCAAGCUGCAGUUCAAGGAUAACGUGAAGGGUGAUCUGUACUGGUUCUUGAAGAAGGAGUACCUGGCGGAAGGUACGGCGUCGAAAAUUCGAUCCGAACUUUUCGAAGCAUCUUUCGAGGAAGCGUACACCAAAAAAUUAAUACCAUUGAUGACGCGCACCAUCCGCUCGGAACUGACCGUACGGGCGGAGAAGGCCUCCGUUGAGGUCUUCGCGAAUAAUCUCAAACAGUUGCUACUCACCGCCCCCGUGAAAGGCGAAAAGAUACUCGGAAUCGAUCCGGGCUUCACCAAUGGGUGCAAGCUGGCACUCAUAUCCGAGUGCGGUGACCUGCUGGAUACGGCCACCGUUUAUCCGCACAUCGGAGGAGAGCGAUCGAAGGUUGCCCCAGGGAUAAUCGCCAACCUAAUGCGAAGACACGAUUGCAGUUUGAUUGCGUUGGGCAACGGCACGGCCUGCCGGGAGACGGAGUCAAUGAUUUCCUACAUGAUGGACGAGGGCAUUCUGGACAAACGGUGCGUCCGGUACAGCAUUGUGCCCGAGCAGGGAGCUUCCAUUUACUCCUGCAGCGAGGUAGCCAAAAAAGAGUUCCCCAAGAUGGACGUGAAUUUAAUCAGUGCCGUUUCAAUCGCCCGUCGUCUCCAGGAUCCGCUCUGUGAGUACGUAAAAAUAGAACCACGCCAUCUAGGUGUUGGAAUGUACCAGCACGACAUCAACGAGCGCAGCCUCUCGGAAACGCUCGACGAAGUGGUGAUGGAAUGCGUAUCAUUCGUCGGCGUAGACAUCAACACGGCCUCAGUCAGCCUGUUGAGUAGAGUAUCGGGUCUGACGGCGAAACGUGCCGAACACAUUGUAUCCCACCGGGCGCGCAACGGACCGUUCCGGAGCCGCGCCGAACUUCUCAAGGUGAAAUUUAUCGGAGAUAAAACAUUCACCCAGUGCGCCGGUUUCAUUCGGAUUGAGCCACUCACGGCCGGGAUUCGAGACUACAACCUGCUCGACUCAACGUGGGUUCACCCGGAAAGCUACGAUUUGGCGGAAAGUAUUAUCGAAAAAACCGCCCUAUCAAACAAAGACAUUGGUCGUGCGGAUUUCAUUUUAGCAAUUCGAGAUUUUGCUUUCCGCACCCAAAAGGAAGCGCUGGUGGAAAAAUUCCACCAACCAAUCGAACGCAUCGAAUGUGUUCUGUCCGCGUUACAGCGGGAGUUACUCCGAGAUUAUCGUACGGACAUCAACAAGCUACCGAUGUUCAAGAAAGGGCUAACCUCGAUGGCAGAUCUAGCCGAGGGAACGGUACUGACCGGGGCCGUGAAUAACGUGACCGAUUUCGGAGCGUUCGUAGAUAUCGGCGUGGAAACCAAUGGGUUGAUACAUCGCAGCAAAAUGAACGGCCGACGCGUGAACAUCGGUGACCGGGUGGAGGUCACCGUGAUCUCUAUUGACGUUGCCAAGGGUCGACUCGGGCUGAAACUAGAGCAAAUCCUCUAAGCAAGCAUCCCUCUGAUCGACACUUUCUUGCUUUGGUAUAAACAAAAUAGCGCACGUAGCUUGUUACAUUAUUGGUGUUAA